AUGCACAAGCUUGACGAUAGUUUUGAACUCUCCCGAGACGAGGAGAUUCAAUCUUUAACUGGCUCAUUCCAGUCGUACCAAGCCGACUCGGAUGAGAAAUUCACAGCCAUCUCAUGGAUAUUGAACUCGGCUUGUGAACGGGCGCGGGUAGUCAAAUCUGCGAAUGGAAAUCCAAAUGCUCGCGUAUUGGUUCCAGAUAACGGACCCCCGUUCGAUCAAGUACGGAAACUCUACUUCGAGAAGCAGAAUGCCGACAGCUGUACAGAGAUCAUCACCACAGCCGAGGCCUACUUUAGAGAUCAGGCAAUAGUCGGGAUAGUAUUUGUUUAUUCGUCGGGCAGAACAGCAAGCACAGGUGAGCUUGAUACCAACACCCGUCAGACAGUUCAUUUUGCACUGGGUGUUCGGAUUGUUGGCUUGAUGAUUGUGAUUGCAACCUCAGAGGACAAGCUUAUGGAAAUUGUGCUUGAGAUUGAGCAGACUGGACAGCCGCAAUAUGAGAAGCUUCGUCUCUCUAUCAACCCACCAGAUGGCCUGUCUGGUCCUGUCGAAUAUGGCUGGCGAGAAUUCUGGUGUAAGGACGAUGCGUCUGCGGAGGACUACCAGCCACGCUUAAUGAAUGACAGAGUAUACAAGCCCCCGAGCCGGUCGAGACUCGUCGGUAUGUACAUGCGCUGCCAGGAGUUUCACCGCAUUGGGGCAGUUUAUGAGCCCGAGAUCGGUUCUUAG